GGCCGCUCUCGGAGCCGCCCGGCGCGCUCCCGCCUCCCGCUUCCGGUCUCGAGUCGGCCGCGGGGGGAGGUGGGAAAUGUAUUUUUCUCUGCGCGCUUAUUAAUAAAUGCAUCUCUGGGAUCAAUUUCCUUGUUACCAGAGGAAUAUUUUACUAAAAAUCAAUGUAUCCUGCUCUGGAGAACUAGGCGGGCCAGAAAUGUGAUCGAUUUACUAUAGUCAACCACUCCGAUACUGCCUACAAUGGAGCUUGUUUAUUUUUUUUCCGGGGAGUUUAUUUACAUGUCGCCGUGUUGUCGGGAGCGCGCUUACCUGGGCUGGGCCGGGCGUCGUCGCUAGGCAACCGCAGCAGCGCCGGGGAGACGAGACGAGCCGAGCGAGCCGGGUCAGUCCUGCCGGCUGCUGCAGGGUUUGGGACCUGGUGAGAAAUGGAGAAGAUCAGCGUCUCCGGGGACGCGUCACUGGCGGUGGAGGAGUACCUGGAGUACCGGAGGAUCGUCGGCGAUGACGACGGGGGGCAGACGUUCACCCCUGAGGAGUACGAGGAGUACAAGAGGAGGGUCCUGCCUUCGCGCCUGCGGAACCGGCUGUACGUCAGCUGGGGGGUACCGGGCGGGAUCGACUGCAAGCUCAUUGGCCCCGAGACGCCCUGCUUCUGCACUCACAGGUACAAGCAGCACCGGACGGACUUCGAGCGGCUCCCGGGGCUGCGGCGCCCCCUGCUGCCCUGCCGAGCGCGGGGCUGCGGCUGCGAGUCCUACCGCUACGUCCCGCGGCGCGGCUCCCAGCCCGCGCGCUGCAGCUGCAAGCACGCCGCGGAGGAGCACAGCGAGGCGCCGGGCCUGGCCUGCAGGAGGUGUGCCUCCUGCUCGGGGUUCCGGUGCCCGUCCACCUGCGGCUGCGGCCAGCCCGGCUACGCCCACGAGACGCUGGUGGAGACGGAGGAGCAGCGGCGCGCUCGCGGCCGGCCCGUGGGGCGCCCCGUCCCCUACGCCGCCAUGGGGGGCCUGACCGGGUUCAGCUCCCUGGCAGAGGGCUACCUGAGGCUGGACGCCAGCGGAGCAGGUGUGCCCCCGUCCCUCGCUGUGCCACCCUCCGGGAGCGCCGCCGGUCACACACUGGUCGAGGCUUUCGGGGCGCAGACGCCAGUCGGGGAGUUAAACUCCGGGGCGAGGCCAGUGCCAGGCUUGAGGUCGCCCGAAGAGGAUGACAUGGCUUACUUUGAGAGGCGUUACCAGGAAAGGCUGAAAAUGGAGAAGAUGGCAAAUCGUCGAACGGCUCCUGCGUCUGGGGCCAAAUUACCAAAUAGGACACCUCGGCAGGCGCCGAAGUAAGCUCUCCGCAGGCCUGCAGGGGGCGUGAUACUUCUGCUUCACCUAGAGGAUGAGAGCAUUGACACUACUGGCGACGUCCAGGAGAAGUGACGAGGGUAUGGGUCACCCCAAGCAAACAAAUGUUCAGAGCCACUGAUGCACGUUAGAGUUCAAAAGGUUUUGAUUGUUAUAAAGUGGAAUUUUAAUAAAUGUUUUUCUUGUGGUUUA